GAAACCCUUGUUGCUUUACUAGCCGUCAUCCCUAACCUCCCACCCUUCUUUCCUUCUCCCUCACUCCUCACGGUAGCAGCGGCCCAGCCACGUCACAGGCCACGUGAGCCUCCCCAGGAACACCACCAUCAGCCGGCAACCAGCCACGUAGCAGCAGCGCCGCCUCCCCCACCAGCAGCUAGGCUGCGUUCUGCAGCCAGUGAACAGUAGCUUGGCUGCGUUGCGCAGCCCGUGGACAGCAGCUAGGCUGCGUUGGGCCCUUCAACCACCAAGACAAUCUCGGUUCACCACCACCACAACCUUCACUUACCCUCUUCACCAUUUUUGCUAGUUUAACAUUGGGGUCAGAAAUUCAGGGUGUUACAAAUUGGCAAGAAGGAUGGUAAUUGGAGAUUAUGUGUAGAUUAUAGGCAGUUGAACCAGCAUACUAUCAAGAACAAAUUUCCUAUCCCUGUAUUGGAAGAACUGGUAGAUGAGCUUCAUGGUUCAAGAGUAUUCAGUAAAGUGGAUCUUAGGUCAAACUACCAUCAAUUGAGGAUGCAUGUUGAUGAUAUAUGCAAGACUGCUUUCAAACAUGUACAGGUCAUUAUGAAUUUUUGGUUAUGACAUUUGGUUUAACUAAUGCUCCAGCUGCUUUUCAGAAUUGGAUGAAUCAGGUCUUUAGAUCAUUAUUGAGGAAAUGUGUGCUAAUAUUCUUUGAUGAUAUAUUGAUCUAUAGCAAAACAUUGACUGAACAUUGUACUCACGUUAAAUCAGUUUUUCAUAUAUUGAGAUAGACCAAGAUGUAUCCUAAGAGUAGUAAAUGUUUGUUUGCUGCAUCUAAAAAUUGAGUAUUCAAGUCAUUUCAUAUCAAAAAAGGGAAUAGGAACAGAUCCUAAGAAAAUAGAAGCAAUGGUUAAGUGGGCUGUUCUUACUUGAGUUAAGUGCUUUAGGAGUUUUUUAGGAUCUGGAUAUUAUAAAAACUUUAUAAGAGGGUAUGCAGAAAAGAGUAAACCACUCACUGACUUGCUUAAAAAGGGGGCUUUUCAAUGGAAUGAUCAGGCACAACAAGCUUUUGAAACUUUGAAACAAGCUUUGGUGACAGCCCCUGUGUUGGCAUUACCUAAUUUUGACAAGAAAUUUAUAAUUGAAAUUGAUGCCUCAAAGGGGGGAAUUGGAGCUGGGCUUGUGCAAGAAGGGCAACCUAUAGCUUUCAUUAGUAAAAGCUUGGGACCAAAAUGGCACAGGUUAUCAAUAUGAAAAGGAAUUCUUGGCUGUUGUAUUUGCAGUUCAAAAGCGGGAACAUUACCUCAUGAACAACCACUUUGAAAUAAAAACUGAUAAAAAAAGUCUUCAAUGGUUACUGCAGCAGAAAGUGUCUACUCCAUUUCAAUAGUUCUAGCUUGCUAAGCUAAUGGGUUUUAACUAUGAAAUAAGCUACAAUAAGGGAAAAGACAAUGUGGUGGUUGAUGCCUUGUCAAGGGUUAAAGUGGCUGAGAUAUUAUGUUGUGCUAUCUCCCUCAUUUCAUCAGAUUUAGAAGAAAAAAUUAAGAGGAGUUAUGCCAUGGAUCCACACCUUGAGGAAUUCUACAAAGACUAACAAGUGGGGAACAGGUCAAGUACUACACCCUUCAAAAUGACUUACUAAGGAGGAAACAAAAGCUUGUGGUAGGUCCUGAUGUAGAGUUGAGAACAUCAAUCAUCACAUUGCAUCACACUAGCAUGGAAGCUGGUCAUUGUGGAAGAGAUGCCACAGUUAUGAGGGUAAAGAGGUUAUUCUUCUGGAAACAUAUGGUAAGACAUAUAAGGCAGUUUGUGAGAGAAUGUAAGACAUGUCAGGCUGCAAAGAAUGAAUCAGUGGUUCUUAGAUUGUUGCAACCACUUUCUAUUCCAACAUAAGUUUGGCAAGACAUAUCAAUGGACUUCAUCACUGAAUUAAAAAAGUCAUGUGGAAAAGAUGUUAUUUUUGUGGUGAUUGACAGGUUUAGCAAGAGUGCUCAUUUCAUGACUCUUAGCCAUCCCUUCACUGUCAUACAAGUAGCCCAAGUUUAUUUAGACAAUGUUUUUAAGCUGCAUGGAUGGCCAAGGUGUAUAGUAAGUGAUAGGGAUCUAGUCUUUUUUAGUACUUUUUGGAAAUUAUUAUUUGAAAUCCAAGGUACACAGUUUCGUAUGUUUUCAGCUUAUCACCCUCAAAGUGAUGGGCAAACUGAAGUAGUUAAUAGAUGCUUGGAAAUGUAUCUAAGAUGUAUGUGUGGGGAGGAACCAAAGGAACGAGCUAAAUGAAUUUCUUUGGCUGAAUGGUGGUAUAAUACACAUUUUCACUCCUCUACCCAACUUACUCCUUAUGAGAUAGUGUACAAUCAACCACCUGCAUUUGCCUUAUUUGCCAGGAGAGUCAUCCAAUGCUGCAGUAAAUAGAAGUUUGCAAAGAAGGUAAGACAUGAUUAAAAAGGAAGACAGGGUUCAAUCAAGAAUGAAAUCUCAGGCUGAUAAACAUAGAAUAGACAGGUCAUUUCAGGUUGGUGAUUGGGUCUGGUUGAAAUUACAACCCUAUAGGCAGAAUACAAUUCAUAGAGGAACAAUCAGAAGCUAGCUAAAAGGUAUUUUGGUCCAUUCAAGAUCACAACUGUGGUUGGCAAGGUGGCCUAUCAAUUGCAGCUUCCAAGGGGGGCUAGAAUACAUAAUGUAGCUAAUGCUUUUCCUGCUUUCAACCAUGAAACUUGAGGGCAAGUUUCUUUUAAUAAAGGGAGCUUUGCCACAGUACUUAAUGUGUAUUAGGGGUAAAGUUGUAAUUUUACAUCUUUUGUUUGUUAUUUUUGCUCCUUUCCUUUAGUCCUUAUAUAAAUACUUGUAAUUAUCUUUUGGUUGAGUAUGAAAUAAAUAAAAUACUAUCUUUCUCUUUCUAAUUUCUUCUUCUCUAACCCUCUCCUCUUUCUUGAGUGUAAUCUGAAGUGAUUGUUCACAUCGAACAACCAUUGCCAAGGGUCACACAAAAGCUGAUCCGUAUCAAAACUAAAUGAACAGUGCUUGACCUGCAGUAGUCGGUCAUUUUUUUGAUGAGAGGUGUUGUGGGCAACAAAGGUCAAAAGAUUGGAUUAUUUAUAAAUAAUGAAUAAUAGCAGUUAUUCAAAACAAAACGUAAAAGAUAGAUUAUCCUUAACAAUUUUUUUUUAAUGGAGAGGGUAAAUUAAAACCAUUUGAUUUAAGAGUUUGGGAUUAUAAAGAGCGGCACAUUCUAUAAUUUUCAAGGGAACCUCUAAGUGGACAACAACCAGUCAUCCACCAUUGACGACGGUUCUGAUGUUAGCAAUUGGAACGUUGCCGCCGGCGAUCUGGCUCUCGUCUCCGUACUGUAUGAUACUAACGUUUUGAAACGCCGUUCGGUGCAAUGUUUGGCGUUUCAGAUGAAAUUUGUGGAUUGGUAUGUAAAGAUUGCAGUGGUUUCUGCCAUGAUUGGAGCUUCUAUGGAGCUAUUCAUGAUUAAAACUGGUUUCUAUGAAAAGGUAACUGUUUUGGAGUCUGAGAAGCGAGCGUGGGAGAAUUCACCUGAAGCUGAGGCUAUAAGAGAGGCUCUUAAUCCUUGGAGAAAUAUAGAUUCCAAAAAAGAUAAAGCUCAGUAACUUAUUUGCUUUCUUCAUUGCUAGUCUGGGUUCGCUUAAGAUUUAAAGGAACAUACAAGGCUAAAUGAUUCUCAAAGUUUUGAAAGUGGGGUUAAGUAUGCGUUUACUAAUGUUUGAUGAAGAAUUUACGAUUUUGGCCAAGUGCUGGUCGGUGAAAGAUUGUUGUUAUGAGUUAUGACCAUGUUUUAGAAUAAGAUGAAUUGUGUUUGUAUUGGAUAUAUUGUGUUUAAUGCAGACGACAUGAGAUUUAAAGAACGUAAAUGAAUAACUUUGAUGAGACAUA